CCCCAUUUAAAUUGCUUAAAUCCGUUUGGUCUUCGUCAUCUCUAUAUAAGGAUUUUGUUCAAUCUCUGGCUUUAUAUUUUUGUUGCUGAGGAUUUUGAUUGGGUGUUACCUUGCGCCCCUUUCUUUAUCGCUUCUGAUUAAUCAUUCGGUUUUAUCACCAAACUUGACUUUAUUAGGGAUUGCGGACGUCUAAUCAAAUUAAUUGGGGGAAAAUAUCUAGGUUUUCCUCAUUGUUUUCCAUUUAGAUUUGGGAAUAUUUCCGUCACUAAAUUACUCCGAAAUUUUUUAAAAAAUGGUUAAUCCGGAGAAUCAUCAAUCGGGAAAUGAUCGGAAGAUCGAUGAGGGGGAAGACCGAAUCGAACAAUCUAACGGCGCCGACUAUCCGGAGGAUUCAACGUCGGCGGCGCACUCUUCGUCUAACGUAUUGAGGACUUCAUCCAUCCAAAAUUCUUCAAAUUCCAGAGGCGGCUCGUCGGAUUUCGAGGCUCGUCGGGAGCAUGAGAAUAUGCUGCAGGAACAGAGCGAUCGACUGGAUAAUCUAGUGCUGUGGCUACGUGCGCUGGAUGUGCAGGUAAUCGGUGCUUGUCGCGCGGAUGAGAGACUGAAGCCGUUGCUCAAGAUCAAUGCCUUUACCGGAGCUGCUGAGGAUCGGUUACUAUCUCAUCUUAGCCAGCACUUUGAUCCAUCAGAGGUGGGUAUGCUGGCCAGGUGCCUGUGUGUUCCCCUAGUUUCUAUUCGGGUUGGAAGAAUUAAUAAGCUGGGAAGCCUUCUCUGUCCUACUGCUACAAGGGGAAAUCUGAAUCUGACACUUCUGCCGACUUCUGACCUGCGAAUAUCUUUUAUCGGGGAUGAUGGUUCUACAGAAAGACUUGCAACCUUGACCUCUGAUGCUCAGUGUUCUGCUGUUGUGAUCGAGGAGAUCUUAGCUGACAAGUCAGGACGAUCUUUUCUGAUGAAGAUUCCUGAUAAUGGGGAUGUUUACUUUUGGUGCUCAGAAAAGUCUAAGAUUCUGGGGAUUGAAUUGCUCAGAAAGAUGGAAGAUUUACUCAAAAGAAAACCAUCUAUUGCUGAGUUAACUGGAAUUAGCGAGUUCCGCCUUGAAAGUUUUGGGAUUCAUCUUCGAGCUUAUCUUGUUGGAUCUACAAUGGCAAAUGCCCAUUCAAAAUCUGUUUUUGCUCUGACCUCACAUCUAGAAACCUCGAUUGAAUCUUCUGAACUUGGUCUCAAUUUUCAAUCAUCCAUAGGUUCAAAGCCUUCUAGGUUGAGGCAGAGUGGUAGUGGUGGCCAGGGAGCAAAACCAAGUCCGCUCUAUCAGGGUAGUCUUAGUCCCAGGCCUAGUUCUUUCAAAGAAGCUGUUGCAAGAAAUAUGUCUUCCUUGAGAAGCGCAUCCAGAGAAAGGUUCCGACGCCGUGGAGAUAGCUACUUAUCAUGCAUCGACAGUCUUAUGGUUCCAUCACCGAGUGGUACAAAUGCAUCUGGUUCAAACUCUCCUGAUGAUAAAUUCCCAGAAGUGAAUGGAACCCAUCUGAGUUCAUCGUCCAGUCUUCUUCAGUCUUUAGAGAAGUCUAAUAUUGGGAAUCCUACUAGUCCAUCCCUUUUUUCUCCGUAUUACUGUUGGUGUCCGCCUAUGGGAUCAACCCUGCAAUACACACCUGGAAAUGCUGCGCCCCUUUCAACCUCAUCAUCUCAUUCACUGUCACUCCCAACAUCUUUGUUGUCAGUAUCAAAGUCGCCUAGCCUUUUGACAUCCAAAAUGCCUCUUAAUUUGAACGACCUUCCUCCAUUGGAUUUUCCGCCACUUCUUCCUGAUCCACUUGUUAUGUUGCCCUUAUCAAUUCCUUCAUCCCAGCAGAUCCCCACUUUUACCCCUCUUAUGUGUGACCCGAUUGUCCACAUUCCUGUGAUUGAUGUUUGCUCUUCUGGGCAAGGUUAUCUAGUCAGUGCAGGCCCUGCUAUGUCAACUGCGCUUCCUCCAAAUCUUUCUAAUCCUCUGAUGUCUGAAACAGAUUCAGUGGUUGAAAAGAGUGCAAGGGAGACUCUCCGGAUGCUUAUCAACAGCUCGAAUCAGCCGAAUGGUCCCUUACUGGGGGUAUUACCUUCCGUAUUGUCCAACGGUAAUGACAUGCAAAACAUUCUUGCAGUUGGAAGCAGAGGACUCUACAGUGGAACAAGGGAUGUGGAUGCAAUUGCCAACAGCAUGUCAGCCAUGAGUUUGGUUUCAACAUCUGAUGGAUUCAUCCUGGAAAGACGGAUGGGUGGAGAUCGCUUGUUUGAGGAAAUGGAGAACCCAGAUUGCUCGUCCGGGUCUUCUUGUGAUGAUGGUAUUCCCAAGUCUGAAUAGACAAUUUGAUUAGUUUGGAAUAGAGGUGCUGUUUAGCUCCAUUUCAUUUUGUGUAGAAUCAGUUUUGUCAUGCAAAUUGUAGAUAUAUGUUACUGUAAGUAGUAGUUCUUAGUCUGGUUGCAGCCAGCUUGAUUCUGUAACUCAACAAUGUAUAUCAAUGAGUUCUGAAAUUCGAUUGUAAAUUUGACUACUGUUCUUUAUAGUUUAUACCGUAUCACAUCACACUAAGUUCGUAUCUACGGGUCUGGUUAGAUAAGCAGUGGGGUCAAGAAUAUGCG